CUUCAGCUAUCUUAGGGGCAGGGAGUUAUGCAAGACCACCACCCAUUCGGAACACCAGGACCAAAAGGAACGUCCCGAUGAAAAUGCAGUCGACUGUUCCAGGCGAUUCGGUGAGACAACUCAGGACAACCACGUGGAGACUACCGACCCCAAUCAUCAAGCGAAUCCCGAUUCCCAGACCGAUCUCAUCGAUUUUCUACGACGCGUCUGUUCUCGAGUAACGACCGCGAGACCAGAACAGGCCCAUGGGAUGUUACAACAGUUGCUGGAACAACACAAACGCAAUCACGAAGAGUCGUGGCUACGCAUUCUGGGGGCUCAUAACGGCCGGAAUUACUGUUACUCUGUUGGCCGGCCGAGCAUGUCCAUUUCAAAAUGCCUCAUAUUCCUUCAGCACGAGCAUUCUCUACAAGGAAGCAAUCUCACACUGGUACCAAAAUUCAGGAAGAACUUACACUUUCGCAAGCUCACACCUCUGGCAAUCCCCGCAACGGAAGGUACUCCCACUCAAUAUAAUCAGGGAAGGUAUGCAGUCUAGCUUAAGAGAACAAGAAGAGAAAGGGCUUCUCCUAUGCGUCUGUCACUCCAUCGCUCCAAUGUUUAUUUGACCCAAAUGCCUAAAGACGGGUGUCAACAGUUAGACCUUGCAAAGGUGCUGGCUUCAUGACUCGGUUACAGCAC